AAAAUAUUGUUUAAGUAACAACAUCUAUGAAUUAUUGUAUUUUUGCAAUGUAUGAUUUUGCAAUAUUUAUAAAUACACGUGUUCGAAUUAAUUUGUGUUAAAAUAAUACUAUUAUUAAUUUUUCAUGAUUUAUUAAAAAUAAAACCAUUUAUUGAAAACGUAUUUUAUUUGUCAUUCAUCCUCAACAUCUUGGUAGCUGAGCUUCGUGGUUAACGACAGUCUAUCAUGGGUGAUAAUAAAUGUACGGAAAAUAUUGUUCGGGUAUUGGAGCGGUUGACUUCAAGACUUGAAACGUUGGAAUCGAACAAUAGUCGAUCAAACAAUGAUAAUGGUAACGUAAAAAAUAAUCAUGAAAGUUUUGCACUAAAUCAAGUUGUAAAAUACAAUGGUUCGAACAUCAAAAUAUGGCUAUCAACUGUAAAAUCUGCAUUUCGAUCCUGUGGCUAUAGUAGAUUUCUUGAAAGUGAAAUUCUACCUGAUGAUUCUCAAUAUCGAUCAUAUGAAAAUUGUCUCGGUACCAUCCGUUUGAUGUUCGAGUCAAAUAAAUUGGAAAUAAUCGAACACUGCAAAACUGUAUACGAAGUUUGGUCAUAUAUGGCUAAAAUAGAAAAAGAUACGUUUGCUACUGCUGUUCGUAAACACAUGGAACUAACGUCUUGCAGAUAUACAUCGGGUCCACUACGUGUUUGGCUUGAAACCUUGACUGCUAAAUUUGAAGCAGUUGAAUCUGAUUGGUGCCAUUAUAGUGAUCAACAUCGAUGUGUUGUUACAUUGGGUAUGAUCCGAUCCAUUCCUAAAUUUGAACAGUUGUCAGACAGAAUUACUGCUCUACAAACUUGUUCAAUGAAAGAUAUAAUGAAUGCAUUUAUCGAAUAUGAUGAAAAUAUGAAAAUUAAUUCAUUAACAUCAAAAUCGACAUCGGAUAAUCGAGAAGUGGCAAAAAUGAUGAGAAAUCGUAAUAAAAAACAAUUCAAAAAUAAUGUUCAAUGCUCGUAUUGUAAGAAAUUUGGACAUCAAGAAAAAGAUUGUAGAUUUAAAUUUUGGGAUGAAAAACAUAAAUCAUCAUCAUCAUCUACAUCUUCAUCAGUGCCAUCAUCAUCCAAAUCUGCAUCAUCAUCUUCAUCAUCAAAUAAUAAAUCGAAUGGAUCAAAUAAACAAGUUGCAAAAUCAAUUAUAACGAAAAAUAUUGAUAAAUCCUCAAACAUAUGGAUUCUCGAUUCAGGCUGUACCACACAUACCACAGUUGAUGAUAAAAAUCUUAUUGAUCCUGAAUUUAAGAAAAUUCAAUUUGAAACAGCUAGUGGUGAAACAGUUGAAUCUGAAAAAAUCGGUGAUGUCAUUAUUAAACCAAAAGCCAAUCAACAAUUGAUUCUUAAAAAUGUUGCUUUUGGUAAAUUCAACUCGAACUUGAUUUCCAUUCGACAAUUGACCUUGGAUGGAUAUAAAAUAUUUUUAACUCAUUUGACACACACUUGUUCAUUUCUAAAAUCAUUUUUUUCCAAAACAAAGGCAUCAUCAUUGGGUAACUGA